CAAGUUUCUGAAGGCUACUAGCAAAAACACCUGAAGAGUCCAGUGAAUACCAGUACUAAACUUGACCUGGUGUGAAUAUGCAGGUAACCAAUUGUGAAAUUUAUGACUGAGCAUGACUAUCAUUAUCAGCUUAGAUUUGUUCACAAAUUCUUUGUGAGAAUCUAAUACCAUGAUAAUCAUGACAAACUGAAGUUUCUCUAAAACUCUCACAAAACUUAUGGCCCACUGAAAUAAGUUUACCACUAUCCAAGGAAAGCCAACCAGACCCACAAACAAUGAGCACAAAUCAGUUUUUAAAAAGCUUUAAAAUUUAAAAAAAAUUGUGUAGAAUACAUAUUUUAUAUUAUGCUAUAAGCUGAUGAAUUAUGAGCACCGGAUAAUCUUAAAGUUCAGCAGUUUCUGUUUAUUUACCAUUUGUGGAAAGAAUACCAAACUGCAUACAUGUAGUUUAAUCCUUUGUAAAUGUCAGCCCCAACAUCGGGAAAAGUGAUUUUUUAGACUGAAUAACUUUUACUUUGCUCCACCUGGAGAAAUUUAUGAAUGUACUGGAAGAAUGUAUUUUAUUUUCUAUUCUCUUAGGUCUUGCAGCAGAACUGGCUUCAAUUUGUGUUAUAUCCCAUCAUAUACAAUCUAUACAACAGGAGUAGAUGCACAUCUACAUGCUUCACACAUGGGCAAUCAUCAAAAGAUGGUUUUCCACAGCACCACUGGGCGUUGCUCACUUUGGGCAACAAAAGGGGACCCCGGAUUUCCAUUCAUGGGACCUGCAGAGUUCACCUCCAACAACAGACGCAAACCAACUUUGGACAAAUUGAAGUGCAUGGGUGAGAGAGCUCUGGAAUGCAGCAGGAGAGAGAGAAGUCAGCUGAAAAGUUGCGACUGUCGACUUCAGGUGGUAACAGGCGCCGUGCAGAUUGUCGCACACGACGCCAAUUCAAGUUGUGCUCGGCCAGUUAAUGUGCCUGGUAGAAAAAACUGCACGAGAAUGCUUCGCGGUUACUCCGCCCUACUUGCAAUCCUGAUUUUAGCUGUCACAGGAGUGAGUCAAAGAGCAUGUCCAGCUGGUCACUACCAGUGCGACUCAGGCCAGUGUAUCUCAUUGGCUUGGAGGUGCAAUGGUGUCUUUAACUGCGAUGAUCGGUCAGAUGAGCUGGGUUGUGACUAUGGCACUUGUUCCACCACUGAAUACCAGUGCCCCUCGGGCAUGUGUAUUACCCAGUCAUGGUUGUGUGAUGGCAUUGAAGAUUGUCCAGAUAGAGAAGACGAGUCCAACUGCCCUCAAGUCACAUGCACGCCUGAUGAAUUUCGCUGUGCCUCAGGAGUUUCCUGCAUACCAUCUUUCUGGUUGUGUGAUUACUUUAAUGACUGUGAAGAUGGAAGCGAUGAGCAAGGAUGUGACUUUCCCACUUGUAGUGCAGAACAGUGGACCUGUGACAGUGGGCAGUGCAUCAAUGACAAUCUCCACUGUAGUGGACAAGUUGAUUGUUGGGAUCGCUCAGAUGAACAAAACUGCUCUUCUGCCAGGUGCCAUCCAACCCGGACACGUUGUGGCAGUGGAGAGUGCCUCCCUGGCUACUACCGAUGUGAUCACUACUCAGACUGCUGGGAUGCAUCGGACGAAGUCAAUUGCACACACGAUGCGUGCACCCGUGACCAGUUCACCUGUAACAGUGGUCAGUGCAUUCAGUCCAGCUAUGUAUGUGACGGUGUGAUGGAUUGCAGUGAUGCAUCUGAUGAGAUCCACUGUGUGGGGACUUUCUCUUGCCCACCCCAGCAGUGGCCGUGCCCGGAGAGUUUCCGGAAGUGCAUCGCCCUGGAUAAACUCUGCGAUGGAAGACAGGACUGCCCCAGUGGAGAGGAUGAGCAGACACCAUGCAGUACAAAUUCUUGUGGGUUUCUGAGUUGUGAAUAUCGCUGUCACUCGGCACCUAAUGGCGGGAUAUGUUAUUGCGACGCUGGUUAUGUUGUCAGUUCCAACAACAGAUCCUGCGAAGAUUUUGAUGAGUGUAGCCACUGGGGCUACUGCGAGCAGGGCUGUGAGAAUGUGCCAAGCUCAUACCAGUGCUCGUGUGCGGAAGGCUACCUUCUUGAAGCAAACGGACACUGCAGAUCACUGGCCCGAGAUGUCCCGUACCUUCUGGUCUCAUCAGGCCAAACAAUCACCCGCUCCAAUCUGAAUGGUCAGCAGGCGACAAGUAUCACCACGGUACCCCAGUUUGCAACCCCAGGCCACCUGGCUUACCACUAUGCACAAGGGAAGAUUUUCUUCUCUUCCCCUAACAGUGACAAGGUGUUCUCCUGCAACUUCCGGGGGGGCAACCCGUCCAGCCCACAGGUAGUUGUACAGCUGGUCGGGAACUCUGGUAUUUCGGAGCUUGCUGUUGAUUGGGUGUCUGACAAGCUCUACAUUCUGGAGAAUAUGGGCAAUCGCAUCGAAAUGGCCAAUUUGGAUGGAUCCCAUCGAACUACAGUCAUUGGUUCCAGUUUGAAGUCGCCAUCAGGAUUAGCUUUGGACCCUGUCAAUGGGUUCAUGUUUUUUGGCGAUGCUAAUCUCCAACAGGACACAUGGCACACUUAUUACUCCAAUUACGUAGAAACCCAAAAAAUUGAACGAGCUUUUAUGGAUGGAUCGCACCGAUUUGUGUUGACUGACCAGAAAGUCUACACAGUCAGUGGGAUUGCUGUAGACAUCCCUGCGAGUAGGAUCUACUGGGUGGAUCACACCUUGGACUGUCUUGUGACAAUAACCUAUGAUGGUCAUAAAAGGUACACCAUCCUUGAGGGUGGUCUAGUUCUACCCAACUCCCAGAUGCUGGCCAUCUAUGACCGUUAUGCAUUCAUUGCUGACCACACCAGAGAUGCGGUGCUGCGGGCUGACCGCUUCAACUGGACCUCUGACAUUACAGUCAGCCUGCCUGGAUCAGAAGAAGAGGCCAAUGGUGUGGCUGUUUACCACUCAUCACUUCAACCAAUUGCACCAAACCCCUGUGGCACGGACAAUGGUGGAUGUCAGCAUCUUUGUGUGGUCACCCGUCAGUCUGACAACCAAGGCAUCGGAUACCAGUGUAAAUGUGACAUAGGCUAUAAGUUGAACGAGGAUUCUGCAAACUGUACAAGGGUGACGUCCUUUCUUCUGGUGCACUAUGAUAGACUUUAUCGUGGCCUCCCACUGGACAGCAGUGAAGACUAUGACUGCAUGCAACCGCUUGUGACAAGUUUUCCUACCUUUUUUUAUCACUCCUACUUUGACGCAGCAUCGGGGUUUGUGUUUUACACUGCUUUUCAUACGUUGCAGAGGGCUGCAUUAGAUGGAACAGAUGAGCGGGUGAUACAGUCACCUCACAUGAAUUAUAUUGGGCAGUUAAGUUAUGAUUGGUUGUCAAAAAACGUGUACUGGGUUGACUACAAUCGCAACCUGAUUGCUGCCUUGAAGAUGGAUGAUGUCUUUGAAACCGAGACUGUUAUAUACCAGAGCAGUUCCGUCUCAUACUUCAGUUACAUCAAUGUUGCCCCUUUAGGAGGGUACUUGUUCUGGUAUGAAUAUUACGGGAGGCAGCUGAAGAGGUCCUGGUUGGAUGGAAGCCACGUUGAAACCUUACUGAGCUCUCAUGAGCUGAACCGGUUAUAUUCACUCACGGUGGACCACAGAGACAGCCUGCUCUUCUGGAGUUCCCUUAUUACUGAUUCCAUAUGGCAUUGUGACUUUGAUGGCCAGUCCCGCACAGAGGUCACCACGCAUGGAAUUCCUCCUUGGACAGUUUCUGUUUUUGGAAGUUAUGCGUUUUUCACCUACAAAACCAAAGUGUACCGUGUGGACAAGAAUGAAGGAUCCUGGCCAUUGGAGAUGUAUGACUUUUCCACAGUUAGCUUUCAAGUGAAGGUUUACUCUGAGGAUGUGCAAGGAGGGGAGAAUGAGUGCUCCCGCCUUGGACUGAAUGGCGGCUGCAGCCAUUUCUGCUUUGGAGCUCCCUCAGGGCAGCGGACGUGUGGGUGCCCCAUCUUGAUGAAGUUAGGCUCAGAUCAGCAGAGCUGUGAACCAGAUCCAGAUGGCUUACAUGCCUGGAAUUGCACGCAAACUGAAUACAAAUGUGCAGAUGCCUCCUGCAUCCGGCAGUUUCAAGAAUGUAAUGGUCAUGCCGACUGCCCGAAUGGUGAAGAUGAACAAGGAUGUGUGGGACGAUGUCGAACGGAUAUGACAUGUGAAGAUGAUCCCGGCAUUUGUAUAGGUUGGUCAAAAAGAUGUAACAAUGUGACUGAUUGUGCUGACGGUAGUGAUGAACAGAAUUGUAUUGAUCAUCGGAGAGAUACGUGUUCAGACGUAAGCUUUAAUUGCUCUGAUGGCACGUGCAUCUUACAAAGUUGGCGCUGUGAUACUGUUGAGGAUUGUCCUGAUGGUUCAGAUGAAGUCAAUUGUGAGGGCUACACCUGUCCAACCGACCACUUCAGCUGUUCGUCAGUGAUGAGGUGCAUUCCAGCCACAGAGGUCUGUGAUGGUUACAACGACUGCGGUGAUAGAAGCGAUGAAGCAAACUGUGGGGCGCAAGUGAACUGUUCAUCAUGGAUGUUUUCUUGUCAUAGUGGGAACUGCAUUCCCCGGUAUUGGCGGUGUGAUAAUCAGUUUGAUUGUGCAGAUGGAUCAGAUGAGCUAGACUGCCCCUCUGGAGGAAAUGUGUGUCUGUUGGAGGACUCUUUUAGGUGUGUGUCUUCCAGGAUUUGUAUCCCGGGUCGGUGGCAGUGCGACGGUAUUGCUGACUGUGAUGAUAGCAGUGAUGAGCCAGAUACCUGUCCUCCCGUGGUUUGCACUGGAUUUCAGUGUGACACCUGCGUACCUGAUUGGUGGGUCUGCGAUGGCUUCAGUGAUUGCCGGGAUGGUAGUGAUGAAGUAGGAUGUCCCACACCCACUUUUGUCUGCCCUGCCGAGUACUGGCUUUGCCCAGACACUACCCAGUGCAUUGCCUUUGCAUCCGUGUGUGACUUGACAGAAGACUGCCCCCAUGGUGAAGACGAAGGCCCUCAAUGCAAUGAUGCCUUUUGCUCAGAGAACAAUGGUGGUUGCAGCCAUAGGUGUCUCGAUACGCCCUUUGGUGUUGAGUGCACUUGCCCUCCUGGUUUCUACCUCAACACCACCAAACACUGCAUGGAUAUUGACGAGUGUGCCCAUGUGGGGACUUGUAGUCAAGACUGCUCCAACGGACUCGGUACCUUUCAGUGCUUCUGCACAGACGAGUACCUCUUAGAACCUGAUGGAAGAACGUGCAAAGUCACAGAUCCGUCAACUCCGUACCUGAUAGUUACACGCAGAGGGGAAGUUAUGAGAUUCUCUCUUUUAGAGCAGCGCAUGGAUGUCAUACAUAACUCCAAUUAUGAACCAAUCACCGCAUCGGAUUUUGACUCGGUGACAGGCAAUAUCUAUUUCUCCAAUUCUCAAGACGACAAUUUAUUGAGGACUGAUAUUAACGGAUCAAGUGCAGAGGCGGUCUACAGUAAUGGCAUUGCAUACGUGGAAGCCAUCGCAGUGGACUGGGUAGGUCGUAACAUCUACUGGGCAGACCGCGUCAUUGAUGUCAUUGAAGUCUCCAGUCUAGAUCGGGAUCACCGUGCAGUCUUAAUCUCACAGAAUAUCAGCAAACCCCGGGGGCUAUGCUUAGACCCAUCGGAAGGGAGUCGGUAUAUCUUCUGGGCCGAUUGGGGCCAGCUACCACGGCUCGAGAGGGCCGGACUGGAUGGUCAAGAUCGCACAGUCAUUGUCAGUGAGGACCUGUACUGGCCCAAUGGUGUCACCUUGGACCUGCCCACCAAAAAGGUGUACUUCGGUGAUGGACGCCUGGACUUCAUUGACUCCUGCAACUAUGACGGCACUGGGAGGCGGAGAGUUGUCAUGCGGUCACUGGGUCAAUCCCGGAUCCAUUCCAUCACCAUAUUUGAGGAUUACAUGUUCUGGACAGACAAAGGGAACAACGAGAUUUUGGCGGCCAAGAAAUUCAAUGGCGAGAACAUGACUCUGUAUUAUCCGUACGUGUACAGCUUAAUCGACCUGCAUGUGUACCACCCAGCCAAACAGCCAUCAGGGCCCAACCCUUGCAGCUCCAACCCUUGCUCCCACCUGUGUGUUCUGUCAUCAAAAGAGUCCACUGGGUACUCAUGCCUGUGCCCUGUAGGCCAGACACUUCAAGCGGAUGAUUCUUGCAGAGCGGCUGAUACUUUCUUGGUUGUGGUACUCCGCCGCAUGAUCCAAGGUAUCAGCUUGGAUCCCACUGACCUGUCCCUGAACAGCAUCCAGACAGUGACAUCUUGGGACGCCUACGAUGUGGACUUUGACAAGGACAAUGGGCUCUUGUACUGGUCAUCGGCAGUGGUGGAAGGUCACGAAGAGGACAGCGCAUAUAGGUCCAUUAUGCGAGCUGAGUUCAGCGGAGUCAACAGCUCUAUGGAAUUUGCCCCCACGGCCUACCUGGGCUCCCCAGUGGGUAUUGCCAUCGACCACCUCAGCCGCAACAUCUACUGGACCAAUCCCGACAAACACACCAUCGAGGUCAUGCGGCUGGACGGUGACAGCAACUACCGCCGCAACGUAGUGGAAAACAGUGGUGGUGAGACAUCUGUGAUCUUUGACCCUGCCGCGAUCUGCGUUGACCCCGGUAAUGGGGUGAUGUAUUGGGCUGAGAAUGGAGGCAUGGGCCUGUCGCCGGCAAUUACCCGAGCCAACAUGGAUGGCUCGGGAAUGAGCACGAUCAUCACGGAUAAUCUUGGCCACACUGAUUUCAUCACCUUAGAUAUUGAGCAGCAGAAGCUGUACUGGACUGAGGGCAUCAACCAAGUGAUUGAGCGUUGCAAUGUGGACGGCACUGGCAGAGAGACCGUCGUGGAGGAUGUUCACCAUGGCAUGGGCAUCACUGUGUAUGGCAACUACUUGUACUAUGCCGAUUCUGCAUAUGAGAAGAUAUUUCGCGUGGACAAAGAAACAGGCCAGAAUCCUGUGGUGAUGCGAAGCAACAUGCGUGAGCUGAAGGCCCUGAGGGUGGUUGCGAGGCCUGGGCCGACGUCUAAUGCCUGCACGGAAUCCAACGGAGGAUGCCAGCACCUUUGUCUGCCCACGGGCCCAAACACGAGGGCCUGUGGGUGUGCUGUUGGCUUCAUCCUCGAGUCUGACGGAAUAACAUGUGGAAACUUGAGCUCCUUUGCCGUGGUCUCUCAGCUGAAGGUCACCCGCGGUUUUGGCCUGGAGGGGACAGACCACCCUGAGGCCAUGGUGCCCAUUGGAGGAAGAAGCAGAUACACCCUUCAUGUUGACGUCCACGUGGCAGAGCAGUAUAUCUACAUUGCCGACUACGACCCCUCUAACCGCAACAAUGGAGACCGCAAUGGCAUCCGGCGUAUCAAACCGGAUGGCAGCGGGUUCCAGAAUAUUGCCGUGGACAGCCUCGGCCACUGGGGAACCCGGGGGCUGACAGUGGACUGGAUCGCUGGAAAUGUUUAUUGGAGCAGUGCCCAUGUAGAGGAAAGCUUCGUGGAGGUCAGUCAGCUAGAUGGUAGCCUUAGGAAAGUCCUAUGGAAGACGAGAGAUGACAAACCCAGGGCCAUGGCUGUCAACCCCAUCAAGAGGUACCUCUACUGGGCCGAUUACGGCCAGACACCCAAGAUCGUCCGAUCAUUCCUGGACUGCACUAACCGCACCGAGCUGGUGACUCGCUCCAUCCUCAUCCCCCGCGACAUUUGUGUUGAUGUCCAGACCCAUGACGUCUUUUGGGUGGACUCGAAUGUUGAAGUCUUGGAAAAGAUUGACUGGCAGGGAGGCAACCGGCAGACAAUCCGGGCAGAGCUGCCCAGACCUUAUGGCCUGGCUGUCUUCCGAGACUCGGUUUACUGGGUGGACAGAAACUUGGAGAAGAUUUUUCAGGCCAGUAAGCUGCCCAACAGCAACAAAGACCCAGUUGUGUUUCGCAGAGACUUGGAGAGCUUGAGAGAUAUUGCCAUCUUUGAUGCCAGCAACCAGCCAUCAGUGGCUGACAGCAGCGCAUGCAGUGUCAACAAUGGUGGCUGUGAGCACCUGUGCUUUGCCAUGCCUGAAGGUGUUGCUGUGAGUCGAAUUUGCCAGUGCUCUGUAGGGUACUUGGCUGACAAUGGACAGGAUUGUCUGAACUUCACUAGUUACUUGGUGUAUGUCGUGCCUCGUGGGAUCAGGAGUGUGAACUUUGACCCCAGGAAUGAGGCCGUACCCUCCCAGCAGAUACAGGUAGACAACCUUCGGUCUCUGGUGGUGCAUGAUACCCUGCAACGCUUAUACUGGGUGAAGGACAAUCAUUUGAUGUACGUCUCUAUCCAUGGUGGGCCAAUUGUAGAUGUCAAAGAGUUGGACAUAGGAUCCUCUGUACACAUCGCUCUGGAUUGGAUUCACAAUCGCCUCUACUUUGCCUCGUACUACCGCAAUGCAAUCUACUCCACAGAUCUUGAUGGGAAUGACCUGCAACUGGUCACGCAUGUCCGUCAACCAUUGCAACUCAUUAUCAAUCCAUGCCUAAGGGUCAUGUAUUUCACAAGCACACAUAGCUGGUUUCUCAACAUUGUCUAUUGGUCUUCCACUGGAGGGGGUCCCAAGGAGAGGUUAGCGUUUAUCAUAAGCCACAGUCCAGAGGUGACAAUAGACUUCACAGAUGGCUGGCUGUACUACACAUCGCUUUUUAGCAGUGUUCGACGGAUUAAACUUGAUGGAUCAGUGCAGGAGACAGUUUUAAACAACUAUGAUUCCAUCAACUGGAUCCUAGUGCACGGAGACUUUCUCUACUUCACACAGGGCAGUUAUAUCAAAAGGAUAGAGAAAGACACUGGUGCUGACCUAACCGUCAUCAGCAGUAGCCGUGGCAGCCAUAUUUCCAGCCUGCAUGUCUACAAUGGUGAACUUCAAACUUGCACCAGCACUCCCUGUAACGUCCAGAAUGGAGGUUGCAGCCAUGGCUGCAUGGGGACAGUGGAUGGAAGUGUGCGCUGCACGUGCCCAGAUGACCUCAUAAUUGGCAAUGAUGGGCGUGUCUGUGUGCCUACCAAUGCAACUUGUAGUGGAACGACUGAGUUUACCUGUGCUGAUGGGUCCUGUAUUCCCAUCAGCUGGGCUUGUGACUUGGACAGUGACUGUGGAGAUUCAUCAGACGAAGCACCUUAUUUCUGCUUUGAUCAUACUUGUGAGUCAUCAGAAUUCCAGUGCAAUAAUGGACGCUGUGUCCCAUCUUCCUACCGUUGCGACUUUGACAACGAUUGCAGAGAUAACUCGGAUGAAAAUGACUGCCCCUUCCCGACAUGUGGGGUUGACGAGUACACUUGCCCCAAUGCCCGCUGCAUCCCGCUGAGCUAUCUGUGUGACGAGUAUGACGACUGUCGGGAUGGCAAUCACACGGAUGAACGAAACUGCCCUGAGGUCACCUGCAGGCCUGGCUUUGUAAGUUGCCCCAAUAACCACAUAUGUAUUCAUCCGUACUGGCGCUGUGACGGGGAUAACGACUGCUUAGAUAAUUCUGAUGAAAACCCGCUCUAUUGCCAGCAACAAGACUGCACGGAAAAUGGUCAUAGGUGUGACUCAGGCCAGUGCAUCUCGGGCCUGUGGCUGUGCGAUGAUGAUUUAGACUGUCUGGAUGGCUCUGAUGAGGGAGCUUAUUGUAACUCUGUGGAUUUCACUUGUGCAGCCAACUAUUUUACCUGCGACAAUAAGAACUGCAUCCACAGUACUUGGAUCUGCGACUCAGACAAUGACUGUGGAGAUGGGUCGGACGAAGACGAACGCCACAACUGCGAUGAACACCAGUGCUCCGAAGACUUCUACACCUGCCGACAGAACCGGCCCAAUCGCAACCGCUGCAUCCCCAUGCAGUGGCUGUGUGACGGACUGAGUGACUGUGAGCAUGCAGACGAUGAAGACAACUGCACAAGAACCACUUGUGAUGUUGACCAAUUUGCCUGUGACAAUGGACUGUGCAUUCCACAGUCCUGGUUCUGUGAUCAUGACAAUGAUUGCGGUGAUCAAAGUGACGAGGGCGGCCAUUGUGACUACAGAACGUGCAGUUCCUCUGAGUUUACGUGCAGGAACGGUCGAUGCAUCCCAGCCUCCUGGCAAUGCGACACCGACAAUGACUGUCGAGAUUACUCCGACGAACAGAACUGUGCUACACCACCCCCGUGCCAGGAUGGAUAUUUCGAAUGUUUGAAUGGCAACUGCAUCCUCGAUAGUCUUGUGUGCGACAAGACAAAUGACUGCACGGACAUGUCCGAUGAAAUGCACUGUGAUAUCAAUGAGUGUGAUAAUUUGGAAGCCAACCAGUGCGAACAUUACUGCAAUGACACACGCACUGGCUACUUCUGCUCCUGCCAGGCCGGCUACACACUGGAAGCUAACGGCAAGACAUGCCGAGAUAACAAUGAGUGCAACGAGAUUCCAGGGGUUUGCAGCCAGUUGUGCGAGAACACCCGCGGAUCUUACUUCUGCAAGUGCGCUGAAGGUUACGAUGAGGAGAGGGAUGGGAGAACGUGCAAGCACACCCAAGGUGGGGAUGCUUCCCUGAUCUUCAGCAACCGGUACUACAUCCGCAAGUUGAGCCUGGAUGGCCAGCAGUAUGACCUAAUCAAGGACGGUCUGUUCAAUGCCAUUGCUCUGGACUACGACCUGAAGGAGAACCGGCUGUACUACCUCGACACGGGCACCGAUAAGAUCUACCGCAUGUUCUUUAACAGCACUGAGGCAGAGGUGAUCGUACCCUAUGCCUUGGGAAGUGGACAAGGGCUAGCAGUGGACUGGGUUGGCAGGAAACUCUAUUGGCUGGAUUCUGCUCGUGACGUCCUGGAAGUGUCAGAGCUGGACGGCACACUCAGGAAGACACUUGUCUUUCAGGACAUGGUACAUCCACGUGCCAUUUCCGUAGAUCCCCGCAAUGGGUCCCUGUACUGGACUGACUGGGGUUUGAGGGCCUACAUUGGCAGAAUGGGAAUGGACGGCAGUAAUCCAACGAGAAUCAUCAACGAAGGACUGGUCUGGCCCAACGGCCUCACAGUAUGCUAUGCUUGUGACAAGCUGUACUGGGCUGAUGCCCAUCUCAACUACAUCGGCUUCUCCAAUAUGGACGGCUCCUAUGUUCACAAGCUCCCCGGUGAGGAGCUGGCGCACCCAUAUGCUGUGUCGGUUUUUGAGGAAUACAUCUACUGGACGGACUGGGACCAUGGAGCCAUCUUCCGGGCCAACAAGUCCACGGGGGCCAAUAGGACCAUGAUGAGAGAGGUGCUACACCGACCAUUUGACAUUCACGUCCUCCAUCCACUCCGCCAGGAUCAGAGUCUUGUCAACCCAUGCGGAUCAAACAAUGGCGGGUGCUCUCAUCUUUGUCUCUUGGCCCCUGAAGGAGGGUACACCUGCACCUGCCCGGACAACUUCAUCUUGUCGACCGAUGGGCAGAACUGCUUGGCCAACUGCUCAGUGCUGGAGUACCGCUGUGCUGACAACAGUGGUUGCAUCCCACUCAGCUGGAAGUGCGACACGGAGGCCGACUGCCCCGAUGGCUCAGAUGAGCUGCCUUCCUGUCCAGUCCGGCACUGCGAUCUGGGCUACUUCCAGUGUGACAACCUGCAGUGUGUGGCUGGGUUCCAGCUGUGCAACGGAGAGGACGACUGCGGGGACGGGUCGGAUGAACCCAUGUGCGACCAGACCCACUGUCAGGCCUGGGAGUUCCGGUGCAGCACAGGCAACUGCAUCCUACACAACCAAGUCUGUGAUCAGAGAAACAACUGCCCAGAUGGCUCGGAUGAGAAUGCUGAAGUGUGUCAGAGCCGGACUUGCUCUCCAGGCUACUUCCAGUGUGAUAACGGCUAUUGCAUUCCUGAAGCCUGGCGCUGCGAUUUUGACAACGACUGCGGUGACAACAGUGAUGAGCCCCACAGAGAGUGUCAGCAAGUCACAUGCCCCUCUGGUUGGGAAUCAUGUCGCACCAACUACCGUUGCAUCCCAUCCUGGGCCAUCUGCAAUGGCUACGACAACUGUCGGGACAACAGUGAUGAGGAGAACUGUGAGGAACGUACGUGUGACCCGGGCCAGUUCCGCUGCAGCAACCACCAGUGUAUCCCGCAGCGCUGGCACUGUGACUUUGAAUUGGACUGUGAUGACGGGUCGGACGAGUCAGCCGACUGCCCCUUCCGGAGCUGCAGCGAGUCAGAGUUUCGCUGUGCCACGCAGCAGUGCAUUCCGACUCGCUGGGUCUGCGACCACGACGACGACUGCGGUGACAUGAGCGACGAGCUGGCUUGCAUCAAUCACCAGUGUCUUGAGGGCUAUGUCAAGUGCACCAGUGGGCACUGCAUCAAUGAGAACUACUUGUGCGACGGGGACCGGGAUUGCUUGGACUACUCUGAUGAAAUCAACUGCCCGACUCGGCUUCCUGGCGGCCUCUACUGCUUUGCCUCCGAGUUCACCUGCAACAACACCUUGUGCAUCAGGACAGACUGGGUUUGUGAUGGGGACAAUGACUGUGGUGACGGGAGCGACGAACUUCUGAGCAUCUGCGCCACACGAGAGUGCGACACCAGCACCCGUUACCGGUGCUACAAUGGCCGUUGCAUCCCCCAGUGGAAGACUUGUGAUGAGGUGGACGAUUGUGGGGAUGCCAGCGACGAGAAUAACCACGACCUCUGCCAGGCCCCUGUGGAGUGCCUGCCCGGCCAAUACAAGUGUCCUAGCGGUGCAUGCAUCCCGGGGAAUUACAUCUGCGAUGCAUACAAUGAUUGCGGGGACUCGGCUGACGAAAGAGGAUGCAAUGAUGGUCCAUGCGCAGAAUCAACUUGUGAGGGGAACUGCACAGACACUGAUUGGGGUCACAUCUGCGCUUGCUUUGAGGGCUUGGAAUUAGGACCCGACCAUCUCACCUGUGUAGAUAUUAAUGAAUGUCAGAGCAACCCAUGCCCUCAACUAUGUAACAACAUCAAAGGAAGCUACCAGUGCCAAUGUGCUCCGGGGUACUUUGACAAGGGUACACGGGGAAUGGACUGUAAGGCCGAUGGUGACCAACCGACAUUUGUUUUUGGUGACGGCAGUGACAUACGUAGGUACAACAACAAUACCAAGAAAUACACUGCCGUUGCGUACGAGCAGGGCCUGAUUCAGGACAUUGAUUACAAUGUGGGCCAAGAUGCUCUGUACUGGGUGGACAUUGCCCACAGUGCCAUCAAAAGGGCUCGGUUCCCAGCCAACGAAGACCAACUGGCAGUGGUACAGAAAACCAUUAGCAAUCUCAACAGACCUCAGGGCAUUUCUGUGGAUUGGAUUGCUGGGAAUGUGUAUUGGACAGAUCUUGGCAUCAAGACAGUCCCUACCGGACGAAGAAGACGACAGGCUUCUUCCUCCACAAGUCCGCGCGUGGCCGUGGCUAAACUGGACGGCCGCUAUUCCAAGGACCUGAUCACCACUGCCAUCAACAAACCCACCGCCAUUGCUGUCAAUCCCGUUCGUGGCGUUCUGUAUUGGACUGACACUGGCACCGAGCCCAAAAUUGAGAUAGCCUGGAUGAAUGGCGGGUCGCGGAGUGUGCUGGUCUCUGACGGUGUCUCCAAUCCAACAGGUCUGACCAUCGACUUUGCCAACUACGGCACCGUCUACUUCUGCGACAACAAGGAGAACAGGAUUGAGUCCAUGAACUGGAAUGGAGAGCAGCGCAAACUCCUCAAGCGAGGAGACUAUCUGGAGCAUCCAUUCCAACUGGAGGUCUUCAGUUCUUUUCUGCACAUCACCACCGAGCCCAUUGAUUUCUCUGGCAAAAUUCUGACCCUGGACAAGCUUGGCCGCGGCAUUCCCACCACCCUCAUCAGGGACAUCAACUUGCCCAGCGGGUUGGUGGUGCGCCAAGAGCAGCGCUACCCCAACCACUAUGUCAAUCGCUGUGACAAGAACCCCUGCAGUCACCUUUGUCUCCUGACACCACAGAUAGCCGGAAACCGUGUCACCGAUGGCUACGUGUGUGACUGUCCAAAUGGGGAUGUGUUUAAGUCUGGCAGUACCUCCACCUGUAGUGGAGCUAAAGAAGAGCCCACGCCCCUGCCUCGACUCCCCAACUGUCAGUGUAAGAAUGGUGGAUCGUGCAUCUCCCCGGGCAAAUGCGAGUGUCCAUCAGGCUUUGAAGGGGAUACAUGCGAGAAACGUACUCCACUUAAACAUGGUGGCCCAAGUGGGGGAGCAACAGCUGCCAUUGUGGUGGUGGUCCUAAUCAUUGUGGUUGUCGGAGCUGUCUUUGGCUUCUUCUUAAUCCGUCGCUACAGAAAUAGAACUUCUAAGUCUGGAGCAGAUGGUGCCGUCAGCUAUCGUGGUGGCGCUAACAUUGAAAUGCCUGCUCAUCCACCCACAACCGAUGGGACUGGGGUGGUCGAGGUAGGGAAGCGUGAGGAUGGCAACUUUGAGAACCCUGUCUAUAACAUGCAGUCACCUGAGCUGCAGGCAGUGGGCAACUAUGACAAUGUGACUCCCACGGCCCAGGCGGAAGCCCUGCCCACCAAGGUGGACCUAGGGGCUGAUCUGACCCAGGCCGGCCCCCUCCCAGAGAAAACUGGCCUCCCAACCCCUGCUUACUCCCCCACUGAAGCUGAGGGAGACACAAAUGUUUUAGUGACUAAGGACAAGAUGUAAGGAGAAUUGAGUGGUGUUCGGAGGAUGGAUCGGAUCAUAAAGAAAAGUCCCAUUUUGAUACCUCGGACCUACUUUAUGUUGCUUUCAUUUUUUAAGGGAACUGUGUGGCUUGCACUUGUGUGAGGUUUUGCUUUGCAUAUUCAUAAACGUUUUUUUUUAAAUCACAUGCUUGAUAUCCUCUGAAGCUCAAGCUUUUGGCAUAUGCAGCUUAUGUAAACACGCAGAACAUCUCAAAGUACAUCGUAUGCAAGUGAAUUAAUGAGUUAUGGUGUAUGUUUUGGGCGAUUGUUGAAAUGGUGUGGAUGAAAUACAACAUAAUUAGUCCAUUCAUGGUGUGUAUUUGGGAGAGUGUCCUGAACUGAUAAUGCGUACACAUUUUAUAAUGGUUUGGAGGGUGAUUGGGAUGCAUUAGAGCAGUUUGUGAUGCUGCUUCAGUAAUGAGACUGAAAAUGGAAACAAGUUUCGAAAUAAAUAGGAACAGUGUGCAUAAAGAUUUUUCUCCUCAAUAUGCCACUGUGUAAUGGGAAGGUUUUUUUUGUAUUGAUGUUAUUAAUUGCACUUUGCAGAGCUUGUUUUUUAAAACAACUUUUGCCACAUGCCCCAAACUAAGUACAAUUUAGGUUUUGAUGAAGUGUCAUCUACAAUGUAUUCGGCUACCUUUUUUCUAUUCAUUUUAGCGAAAAAAUCCACUGUGUGAAAAUAAAGGCUUCCAAUGAACCACUUUUUUUUGCACAAGAGUUUUAAAGGCUAUUUAGCUGUGAAGAUUUUUAGGAUGAACAAGAAACAACCUGCUUUUUAUAUGCAAUGUUUGUAAAGCAAAUCUUUCAAUUUGUAAAUAGAUUCACUGGAAUGGAGAUCAUAUUCGCCAAAUCAACAAAAAUGCAUUUUUCUGUACUUUGAUAUGAAGCCCGUGAGGUCCCCCCUUUUAAUUCAAAUUGUACACAUGAAGGUCUUUCUUGACCAUACGCAUAUUCAACUGUAUUCCCGUGUGAAAAUAAUGGUUUAAUCAGGGUUUUUUUAUAAGGUGAUAUUGAACGAUACAAAGAUACUCUGUCACUGUCAAGAUGAACUGAAACACCCAUCCCAUCUACCGCUGAUCUGAACUCUGGCUAUGCACAUUAAUAGUGGAGAUCAUACAUUGACCAGGGUCACAGUUUAGUACAUUAAAUAAGGACGAAAAAAAAAAAAUCAAAUAUAAAGUGCUAAACACGCUUCAGGGCAGUUCUCGUAACUGUUGGGAAAUAAUCAAACCGACUACCAGUUACCACCAGUGGGAUUCGAGGUAUGGUUUACAUACCCAGAAACGGAAAGAAAUAAGAAAUUGAAAUAUAGCUGUGUACUCGAAUAGUUUCUUAGCUCUUAAUCCUAGAAUUGGUAUUCAGAUAAAAAUUCUCACUAUACUGCUGUUUGGUUUCACUAUUUGAACACCAAAUAUUCAUGUAUAAAAUAGGUUUUUAACCAUAAAAUUGUAAAGGUAUAUGUAGACUUCUCGUAACGUUUCCAUGGUAGCUUUUUUCAGAAAAAAAUCCUUUGACAUUCCUUAUUUGCAAAACAAUUUAUAUCUGAAACAUAUCUGUACAUAGAAUUUCAUACAAUAGCCAAAACAUUUUGUAAUGUCUCUUUUUUACUAUGAUAUGAGAGAGUGUAAGCAACAGGAGUUUAUUUUGCUUUUAUACAUGUACAUGAAAUAUUUUGUAUUCUUAAGUGCAUGUUUUUUAUAGAUAGUAGGUUAGUGUUUGUUGCCAUAAAGGGUUUUGCGUAUUUUCCGGUUAUCAAGAUGUAGGCGAUUUCAACAUUCAAAUAUUUGACAGAUAACUAGAAGACAGAUUAUCCAUCAGAUUAAUGCUGAAGUUUUGCCUGGUUGGAUUUACCAAAAGGCGAGCAAAUAUUUAGCAAGAUAAAAACACUUGUCUUAUAGUUGUUUCCCAAAUGAAACGUACGCAGAACUUUGAAUGUAUCACUGUUGAAACCACAUACUAAUGAAAAAAUACAGGACUUCUCUUUCGCUUUAAUUCUGACAUACCGAUAUUUGAACAUAGCGUAUUCAACGUUCAUGCAUAUUCAAAAAAUAUCUCGAAGUCGUCGUCUGAAUGUAUUUUGGUUCUAUUAAUAGUUCGUGUUGUGGUCAGUCUAGUUAUCGAUGCGUUUAUAUUUUUUAUUGUUGCUUGCAGAUUUUUAUGUUAACACGUUUAAAGCAUAGCAAAAUAAGGAUAUUCCUUUAAUGUUGCAGUAUGGUUUGUAAGGACUCGAAAUAUAUUCUGAAGAAUAAAGUACUGCGGGAUAAGUGGUGUUAA